ACAUCUGGAAUACACCAUGACGACUUGAUCAUGGUGUAUAAUUCUUAUACAUUGCUGCAUUUGAUUUGCUAGUAUUUUGUUGAGAGGUUUUUUUUUCUGUGUUCAUCAGAGAUAUUUUCAUGAAGUUUUCCUUGCUUGUAAUGUCUUUAUCUAGUUGUGGUAUUAGGGUUAUGCUGGCCUUAUAGAAUAGAAUGCAUUCCAAAGGCCAAAGCUGAAGCAAAUGAAAGCAGCCACUGUAUAAUGCCACUAGAGUUAUAUUCUUGAAUAGCAAGUCUACUUAAAAACCUCCUUGUUUCUCUGUGUUCCCCAGGAGUAAUGAGCUUCACAAUCUGGCCCUACUUGUUUCUUUCAUUCUCUUCUGCUGUUUCUCGCCAUAAAUUCUAAUGACACUUCCAUCUCUCUACUUAUUGUCAUCUCUACCACUUUUUAACCACAUCAUAUUGGACAGUUUAACUCUCUGAGCCUCAGUUUUCUUGUAUUUAAAGUAACUCACUGGAGUGAUCUCAUCUAAUUCACAAAUAUUAGUUUCUUUUCCCUUUGUCUGCUAUUCCCAAAUACCAUGACUUUUCAUGAUUUGAUGCCUUUAUAUAUGCUGUUCUCUUUCUAAUGAAUUCCUUUCCUUCUGUAACCCAUCUUCUUCCAAGUCCUUCCAAUGAAACCAUCAUUUAAAAAUUCUUUUCAAACGAGAUGAUGCCUGGCUACCACCAAAGAUCGCCCUGACAGGGAACACAGCAGGGGGUCCCUGACAGAGCAGGAGAAAAGUGGGGUGCAGAACUCAAAUUCUAGUAAAAAGACCAGACUUAAUGAUCUGACUGAGACUGGAGGAACCCCAGAAGACAUAGCCUCCAGACUCUCUGUUAACCAAGGACUAAAACCAUUCCCAAAGCCAACUCUUCAGACAAAGAAUAGACUGGAGUAUAAGAAACAAAAUGACACUUGUAAAGAGUGUUUUUCUUAGUUCAAGUAGAUACACAAGACUGAAUGGGCAGCUCCUGUCCGGAAGCGAGAUAAGAAGGCAGAAAGGGAUAGGAGCUGGUUGAAUGGACACAGGAAAUCGGGGGUAGAAAGAAGGAAUGUGUGGUCACAUUAUAGGGAUAGCGACUAGGGUCACAUAACAAGGUGUGUAUAAAUGUUUGUAUGAGAAACUAACUUGAGCUGUAAGCUUUCACCUAAAGUGCAGUAUAAAAUUAAUAAAUAAAAAUUCUCUUCAAAUAUCACUUGCUCUGUGAAGCCGUUGUUGUCUGCCUCUUAAUUCUUUUGUGCACUCACCUCUGCCAUAAUUUGAGUGGUGUUCUAAUGUACUUUUCUCUCCCAUAGAUUGGAACUCCUGGGGCUGGAGCCAGGUCUGCCUAGCACAAUGUCUGGAGAAUAGUAGAUGUCCAGUUAAUACCUCCCAAAUGAAUGAAUGAUGAAUGAAUAAUACAUUAAGUUUCCACAGAACUUAAAAGCCUGAAGGGGCCACAGCUGCAUUGGGAAACAGAUUCUGGAUGGGCCUGGGAAAGACAAUCCAGGCAAUUGGAAUUGCUUACUUUUAUAAAGAGGAAUGGCCUCUGUUAAUAGUGGUCCCUUCAUCUCUGAGGUACCCUUGGACAGAAGAAAUAGAAAAAUGGAUACCAGAGCUAGGUCCAGAAGAAAUCACUGUUAUUCAAAAUAAAGCCGAUGUUGGGAGAAUAUCGACCAGCAAAGUGACAAUUCUGGGUUAUGGUCUUUUAACUACAGAUGCAAAGACUUUGAUAGAUACAUUAAAUAAUCAGAACUUCAGAGUGGUUAUAGUGGAUGAAUCACACUACAUGAAGUCCAGAACCGCAGCCCGCAGCAAGAUUCUAUUGCCAUUAGUACAGAAAGCCAGACGAGCCAUUCUUCUUACAGGAACUCCAGCUUUGGGAAGGCCUGAAGAGCUUUUCAUGCAGAUUGAAGCUCUCUUUCCACAAAAAUUUGGAACAUGGACUGACUAUUCCAAGAGAUACUGUAAUGCACAUGUCAGGUAUUUUGGUAGAAGACCUCUGUGGGAUUGUAGAGGGGCAUCAAAUCUUAAUGAACUUCAUCAGCUAUUAAGUGACAUAAUGAUUAGAAGAUUAAAGAGUGAAGUUUUAACCCAGCUGCCCCCUAAAAUCAGGCAACGUAUUCCGUUUGAUCUUCCAGCAGCAGCAGCUAAGGAAUUGAAUACCAGUUUUGAAGAGUGGGAGAGAUUAAUGAGAGCUCUAAAUUCAGAUGCCACUGAGACUGGUAGCCCCUUUUUUCAAGUCAUGGGAUUGAUUACUCGCAUGUUUAAACAAACUGCUAUUGCCAAGGCAGGUGCUGUAAAGGAUUAUAUUAAGAUGAUGCUUCAGAACGAGUCACUGAAAUUUCUGGUUUUUGGUCACCAUUUAAGCAUGCUCCAAGCUUGCACAGAGGCGGUCAUAGAAAGCAAGACUCGUUACGUUAGAAUAGAUGGAAGUGUUCCAUCUUUGGAAAGGAUACAUCUGGUUAAUCAGUUUCAGAAGGAUCCUGAUACUCGAGUGGCUAUCCUAAGCAUUCAGGCUGCUGGUCAGGGUUUAACAUUUACUGCUGCAACUCACGUUGUAUUUGCUGAGUUGUACUGGGACCCUGGACAUAUAAAACAAGCGGAAGACCGUGUUCAUCGAAUUGGACAGUGCAAUUCUGUGAAUAUUCACUACCUCGUUGCAAAUGGGACUCUAGACACCCUUAUGUGGGGAAUGUUGAAUCGUAAGGCUCAGGUUACAGGGAGCACAUUGAAUGGUAGGAAGGAACAACUUCAGGCUGAGGAAGGCGAUAAGGAAAAAUGGGAUUUCCUGCAGUUUGCUGAGGCUUGGACUCCAAAUGAAAGUUCUGAAGAGCUCAAGAAUGAAGUUUUGUUCACCCAUUUCGAAAAAGAAAAACAGCAUGAUAUUCGAUCAUUCUUUUUACCAAAACUGAAGAAAAGACAGUUGGUGACCUCCUGUGAUGAAUCAAGGGUAUUCCAGGAGAAAAGUACCGGAGAAGCAUCAGUUCCUAGAAAAAUAACUGCAAGCGAUAACGUUGAAUAUGAAAGUGGUGGUAUUGAACCUGACGCUAAAAGAUUGAAAUCGAUUGCUGUCCAGGAUUGCAGCAGUCCACUGGAGGAGAAAGCAUUCCAGCCCAGACAAACCAAAGCUCCACUCAUGGAAGGUGCCCCUGAGGCCAGGUCUCAGUCAGCCACACCAUCCCUUCCUGGAAAGGGUUGGCAGUGUGGUUUCUGCACCUAUAUCAAUAAUUCAGUGUUGCCUUAUUGUGAAAUGUGUGAGCACCCUCAAGGCAGUGCUGAUAGCCUCAGCCAGACCCAGGGUAAAAACAAAAGUGGAAAGGAUGAUUCUCAAAAAGACACCUCCAAAAAAGUUGGAACUAACCCUGACUGUGAAAAACAAGUCCUUGCACAGUCAGCACCUGAACUGUUGCCUGAAAACAAGGAAGAGCCAUCAGAAAUUGAAAAGGGAGAUGGGCUCACUCCCCAGCCAAAUACUGAACAGUUGAAGAGUUCAGCGGCUUUGCCAGUAUAUGAUAUCUUAAUGUUCUGUGCAAGUAAGAAUACUGACCGGAUUCAUCUCUAUACUAAGGAUGGAAAACAGAUGAAUUGUAAUUUCAUUCCUUUGGAUAUAAAAUUAGACCUUUGGGAAGAUUUACCAGCAAACUUUCAGCUGAAACAAAAUCGCUCACUGAUUUUGAGGUUCGUUCGUGAAUGGAAUAGUCUAACUGCCAUGAAGCAAAGGAUUAUCAGGAAAAGUGGUCAGCUGUUUUGUAGCCCAAUUCUUGCUUUCGAAGAGAUCACAAAGCAACAAACCAAACAAAAUAGUACCAAAAGGUAUAUAACCAAAGAAGAUGUUGCCGCAGCCUCGAUGGACAAGGUGAAGAAUGAUGGGGGCCAUGUCCGUCUGAUCACAAAGGAAUCUCAUGACCCUUCUGCAAAAAAGUUUCUUGGAGCUGGAGCCUGUGUCCCAUUUCCAAAUCCCUGCACAGCCCAGAGCGAUCUCACCGUGAAGCCUUCCACUUCCAAGGGCUAUUUGCAAGCUGUGGAUAAUGAAGGGAAUCCACUUUGCCUUUUCUGUCAGCAACCCACUUGCCAGACUAACCAAGAGUGUAAAGUGAACACUUGGGAUUCACGGUUUUGCUCUCUGAAAUGUCAGGAGGAGUUUUGGAUUCGAUCUAAUAACAGUUACCUGCGAGCCAAAGUAUUUGAAACUGAACAUGGUGUGUGUCAGUUAUGUAAUUUGAAUGCACAAGAACUCUUUUUACUUCUGAGAAAUGCCCCUAAAAGUCAGAGGAAGAAUCUUCUGGAUGUUACCUGGACCUCAAAGCUCUCAUUAGAACAGCUCAAUGAAAUGAUAAGAAACCCAGUAGAAGGCCAUUUCUGGCAGGUGGACCACAUCAAGCCAGUCUACAGCGGAGGAGGACAGUGCUCCCUGGACAACCUGCAGACACUCUGUACUGUCUGCCACAGAGAGAGAACUGCCAGACAAGCCAAAGAAAGAAGCCAGGUGAGAAGACAAUCUCUGGCAGCAAAGCACGGAUCAGACAUCACACGGUUUUUGGUAAAGAAGUGAAGUGUAGAAGUAUAUGCAUGGAUGACAAAUGGUUUACAUGUGGAGGAAUUUAAUGCAAACUUUUUUUCACAUGUGUCUAAUUUUGUAAGAGUGAAAAUUUUCAGGACAAAAAUCAAGAAGUCAACCUCCCUUUUUAUAUUAAGUACUUUUUAUACUAAAUUGAUAGCUUUUAAAAGUACUUAACAGAAACCAAGUUACAAUAACAACUAUUUCUGUGAUCUUGUUGAUUUCGUGCAGACUCUAAAUUAUGUUUCAACAAUGUUAUGUUAAGGCUACAUUUUCCCCUAAUGUACCUUAAUCACUGUAUUAUGCAUAGAUAUUGCUUUUGAAAAAUGAACUUUCAGGUACCUGAAAAACGCUGCUGAAUUAGUAUUGCUUCUGGACUAUUGUAGUUAUAAGUGGAGUGCUGUAUAAACUAUAAGGGAAACUUUGUAGGCAAGUCAUCCUUAUUCAGAAAUUCUGGUGCAAACCUGACCAGCCUGCUCAGUAUCUAAGAGGAAUGCUUGUUCACUAAAUGCCUCCAAACUGGGCUUGGGAUACACAUGUAGGGUUGUUGCCUUUUUUGCUUUAUUUCUUAGCCAGCCAUCUUUAUUGAAAAGAUGCUUUUGAAAAUAAGCUAAUUGUACUUAUGGUGUUUUGGGGAUGAUUUGGGGGCUUCUGGGUAAAGUAAUUGUUAAAAAUAUUAAGAAAAAACUGAAAACAAAGUGUGAAAUGACAUUUAAGGUUCAUUUUGUGAGUUUUAAAAAAUGCAUAAAACUAGACUUACUAUCAAAGCACGCUUUAUCUCAUGGUUGUCAUUUUCUGAUUUUAAAAUCCUGUUUUAUUACAAGUGUAUUUCUGAUACCUCUUUUAAAAAGAAUGAUGAUUGUGAAACACUUUACAGUAAAGCAUGAUCAGAUGGAUAUACACAUUAAAAAAUACAAUGGUAAUACUACUACUAAAGGUAUUUCAGAGCAUAGAAAAGGAUGGAAUACUCCUAAACUCAUUCUGUGGAGCCAGUAUAUCCCUGAUACCAAAACCAGGUAAAGACACCACAAAAAAGAAAAUUACAAACCUAUAUCCCUCAUGAACUCAGAUGCAAAAAUCUUCAACAAAAUCCUAGCCAAUAGAAUUCAACAACAUAUCAAAAAAAUAAUUCACCAUGACCAAGUAGGAUUCAUACUAGGUAUGCAGGGAUGGUUCAACAUUAGACAAACAAUUAAUGUAAUCCACCGUAUAAAUAUGUUUAACCAUAUAAAUAAAACAAAAGACAAGAACCACAUGAUCUUAUCAAUUGAUGCCGAAAAGGCAUUUGACAAAGUCCAGCACCCAUUCAUGAUAAAAACUCUCAGCAAAAUAGGCAUAGAAGGAAAAUUCUUCAGCAUAAUAAAGGGCAUUUACACAAAGCCAACGGCCAACAUCACCCUAAACGGAGAGAGCCUGAAAGCAUUCCCCUUGAGAUUGGGAACCAAACAAGGAUGCCCUUUAUCACUGCUCUUAUUCAACAUUGUGCUGGAGGUCCUAGCCAGAGCAGUUAGGCCAGAUAAAGAAAUAAAGGGUAUCCAGAUUGGUAAGGAAGAAGUAAAAGUAUCUCUAUUUGCAGAUGACAUAAUCUUAUACACAGAAAACCCUAAGGAAUCCUCAAGAAAACUACUGAAACUAAUAGAAGAGUUCAGCAGAGUAUCAGGAAACAAGAUAAACAUACAAAAAGUAGUUGGAUUCUUCUAUGCCAACAAAAAGAACAUGAAAGAAAAUUACCAAAUCAAUACUAUUUACAGUAACCCCAAGAAGAUAAAAUACUUAGGAAUAAAUCUUACCAGAGAUGUAAAAGACCUAUACAAAGAAACUACAAGACACUACUGCAGGAAAUCAAAAGAGACCUACAUAAGUGGAAAAACACAGCUUGCUCAUGGAUAGGAAGGCUCAACGUUGUAAAAACGUCUGUUCUGCCAAAAGCAAUCUAUAGAUACAACGCAAUUCCAAUUCGAAUUCCAACAACAUUUUUUUAUGAGAUGGAGAAACAAAUCACCAACUUCAUAUGGAAGGGAAAGGGGCCCCAAAUAAGUAAAGCAAUACUGAAGAAGAAGAACAAAGUGGGAGGCCUCACACUACCUGAUUUUAGAACCUAUUAUACCACCACAGUAGUCAAAACAGCCUGGUACUGGUACAACAACAGAUACAUAGACCAAUGGAACAGAAUUGAGAAUCCAGACAUAAAUCCAUCCACAUAUGAGCAGCUGAUAUUUGACAAAGGCCCACAGUCAGUUAAAUGGGGAAAAGACAGUAUCUUUAAAAAACAGCACUGGUAUAACUGGAUAUCCAUCUGCAAAAAAAAUGAAACAAGACCCGUACCUCACAUCAUGCCCAAAAACUAACUCACAAUGGAUCAAAGACCUAAAUAUGAAAUCUAAAAUGAUAAAGUUCAUAGAAGAAAAAAUAGGGACAAUGCUAGGAGCCCCAAUACAUGGCAUAAACAGUGUACUAAACAUAACUAACAAUGCACAAACACCAGAAGAGAAACUAGAUAACUGGGAACUCCUAAAAAUCAAACACCUAUGUGCAUCCAAAGACUUCACCAAAAGAGUAAAAAGAUGACCUACAGGCUGGGAAAAAGUUUUUAGCUAUGGCGUCUGAUCUCCAAAAUCUGCAUGAUACUGCAAAAACUCAACAACAAAAAGACAAAUAACUCAGUUAUAAGAUGGGCAAAGGAUAUGAACAGGCACUUCACUAAAGAAAAGAUUCAGGUAGCUAACAGAUACAUGAGGAAAUGCUCAAGAUCAUUAGCCAUUAGAGAAAUGCAAAUCAAAACUAUAAUGAGAUUCCAUCUCACUCCAACAAGGCUGGCAUUAAUCCAAAAAACACAAAAUAAUAAAUGUUGGAGAGGUUGUGGAGAGACUGGAGCACUUAUACACAGCUGGUGGGAAUGUAAAAUGGUAUAAACACUUUGGAAAUCAAUUUUGCGCUUCCUUAAAAAACUAGAAAUAGAACUACCAUACGAUCCAGCAGUCCCACUCUUUGGAAUAUAUCCUAGAGAAAUAAGAGCCUUUACACAAACAGAUAUAUCCACACCCAUGUUCAUUGCAGCACUGUUCACAAUAGCAAAAAGAUGGAAGCAACCUACGUGCCCAUCAGUGAUUCAAUGGAUAAACAAAUUAUGGUAUAUUCACACAACAGAAUAGUACACAUCGAUAAAGAACAGUGAUGAAUCCGUGAAAUAUUUCAUAACGGAGGAAUCUGGAAGGCAUUACGCUGAGUGAAAUUAGUCAGUUGCAAAAGGACAAAUAUUGUAUGAGACCACUAUUUUAAGAGCUCAAGAAAUAGUUUAAACAGAGAAGAAAAU